AUCAUGGCCACAACGAGACUGCUUGUUACCUGGAAGACGUGGCAAAAAGAUAUUCAGAAGAGAUUUCUGCUUCAAAAGAAUAUCGCAAGACAAUCGAUUGGUCAGAACUUGCGAAGGCUGCUGCUGAGGAAGCACAAAGGAAACAUGCUGAGUCUGAAGAUGAAAAAGAUUUAAAGAGUAUGCCAUCCCCCGAGGACGGCGACUCCAGUGAUUACUUUGCUGAUGCAGAGACCUCUUCAUGUGGACCUUUUGAAGGUGACCCAAAAUGGGCUGAUGCGGAAGCACCAUGCACAAAAGAACAUGCAUACUUGUACGAAUGUCCGCGGACUUAUUCAGCUUUUGUGAAAAGAUGCCAUGCUAACCUAGCUGAGGAAGAUUAUGUCCCAGCCUCAGUGAUAGCGAUUCAGAAUGACCAAGCAGUGGCCGCAGCUUGCACAAAAAACAAAGAACCGUCAGGAAAUGAAUACAAGUUCGGAAUUCCUCUUGUGGAAGGGUUCCAUGUUAACUUAGCUGAGGACGACUUUGUAUUGAGUCGCCCAGCUAGAGGCCAAGAUAGCCGUCAUGCACAUCGCCCUAAAUCCAGUUGGGAUCCACCAGUACUACUCGUCGAGCCAAUAAUUGUAGUGAUUGUGCUAGCAGUAUAUGUUUGUUGGAAGACACAGUCAGAAAUAUUCAUUUUGGUCUGGAUACCAACUAAUCUCACAGUGUGGGAGUAUGAAUACGUGGAAACAUUUGGUAAAUGUAUUCAACCUCAAAUGCCGGCGCUAAAACUAAUCGAUUUGGAUGAUGUAAUGUGUUAUCCACUCGACUUGAUCAGUACCAGCUUCUUUGAGUUAAAUGACGUCAAUAUCAUCUGCUUCCUUGGUUGUGUCCUAUUCUUCGUUGGGGUGGUCUUGGGAUUAUUUUGGAGAGGUCUGUUCGCCCACCUUUACUCCUGACGCUGUUGGGCAACCCAUUUUGCUUGAACGCUAUUCCAUAGUCGAAGAUGAGCUAAUCAGACGCUUAAGCUGUGAGCCUCUCCUCAACCGACACUGGGAAAAGUUAGCAUCUAUGUUAGAUGUACCCGAGAAGGAAAUUAGGGAGUUGAGUGCAGGCUGUGAGAGUGACAGAGAUAAAACAAUUGCUACUUUGAAAAAGUGCAAACAGCAGAGUGGCACCAAGGCAACAUUGGAAAGGUUGUGGGAAGCACUUGGUAAUCGCCCCGGAUCACCACCAUCUGGAUGCAGUGAGUUUCCGCUUGUCUUCCAUGAAACUCAGAUUGCCAUCGAUGAAGUUCCAUAUGCCGCUAGUCUCGGUGAAGUUCCAUAUGCCGCUAGUCUCGAUGAGGUAGAGGUGAAGAACAUGCACUUUCUAGACCCGGGGGAUGAACUUUGAAUUUAAGUUAAGUUCAGUUAAGUUCCUGGCAAGAACCUUUCGCCAGAUAUUUUGCUCAUUCUCACUGGGUAACAUUAUUAUUUUGAAGGUCUUAUUUGCAGAUAACUGACCGCUAAUUGUUUCUUAAAUUGUAAAUUUGCAAUAACUAGGGCGCUCAGAAAGAUCCGGAAAAGGAAAAGGCUCGCCUUUCUGGAAAAGGAAUGUUUUAAAUGUUGCUUAUAACGUAGUAUAGGUAAACUUUUUUUGUAUUGUAAUUUACUAGUGGUUAUAUCUGCACCUAACAACCCAAGGAAUUUGACAUCUCAUGACGUUUGAUAAGGUUAUUGUCUCGUCCCAGUCCUCUCCACCCUUAUUAGUCAGCUUAACCUAGAUACAAAGAGACGAGAUAGAAACGACUCUUUCUACAGUCACGGUACCAGUGUGAGGAUAUUUAUUUAGUACGAGAUGUAGAUCGCGAUAUUUAGUCCUCUCUCGAAAAGGGUGACGAAAAUUUCUAAUACUGUUAUAAUUAUAAAGUUUUGAAGAUAUUGUUAUACAUGACUGAUGAUUACGUAACUGGUAGUUGCGUUACUGAUUAUUUGCUGAUGUUUGCCAAUUACCAAUUGCCAAUGUUUGCCAAUUACUAGUGUAAUUUUUAGCGGGGCUCCUACGCGCGCUUCGCGCGGGUGGGGCACAGCUCCAUAUUCAUGGAAAAUGGUCAACCUCUUUUCGUUUGGUUGUCACGUGACUGACCGAGCGUACGUACAUACGUGCCUUCACAUUGCAC